ACCAACAAAAACACACACAUAUAAUCUGCAUUUGAGAUGCUUAUAGACAUUCUAGGUGAGACACUUACAUAUAUUAUAUAUUAUAUACACUUACUUAUAUAUAUAAUAUAAUGAUUCUCAGUGCUUUUAGGUAGUUUAACAGUCUGUAUUCUGGCACACUUUUCAUCUACGUCCACAGGGAAAGCAGUCACUUAAUUUCCCUUUUUUCUGUUUUUCUUAGUACAAAUGGACGUGUAGGCUAUCUACUGUACAAGCAAAAGGUGUUGAGUGGGCGUGGCCAUCCAGGUUCCUUUGCUCAGACAUGAGAGAGAGAGAGAGAGAAGGGCGCCUGUUCACUGCGGUCCAUCCAAUGGUGAGGAGCUGACUGAGUCGCUAUGGUGACGGGAUUGUUUCGACAGAGGCUGUGAUGGGUUGACAGGUGCGUGACAGUCGCGUCUGUGCAAGCAUGUACGCCAAAGGCAAGAACAGCGUGCCAUCGGAUAGUCAAGCCCGAGAAAAGUUAGCUCUGUAUGUGUAUGAAUAUCUGCUACAUGUGGGAGCUCAGAAAUCAGCACAGACCUUCCUGUCAGAGAUCCGAUGGGAGAAGAACAUUACAUUAGGAGAGCCGCCUGGGUUCUUACACUCGUGGUGGUGUGUUUUCUGGGACCUCUACUGUGCUGCUCCUGAGAGGAGAGAAACAUCUGAGCACUCAAGUGAAGCCAAAGCUUUUCAUGACUAUAGUGCUGCAGCGACACAGAAUCCAAUGAUUGGAAGUCCUCCUGGAGAUGGUAUGCCUUUGCCCCCGGGAUUUUUUCAGCAGUUUAUGUCUCCUCGAUACCCAGGUGGGCCCAGAGGCUCUCUCAGAAUACCCAGUCAGGCUUUGGGCCCUGGGAACCAGCCUUUAUUAACUAGUGGGAUGGAUCCUACAAGACAGCCAGGCCAUCCCAACAUGAGUGGGCCCAUGCAGAGGAUGACCCCUCGAGGAAUGGUUCCUAUUGGACCACAGAAUUAUGGUGGUGGGAUGAGACCUCCCCUAAAUGCUCUUGUGGGACCUGGGAUGCCUGGGAUUAACAUGGGUCCUGGAGGAGGAAGACCAUGGCCAAAUCCACCAAAUAACAAUUUGAUCCCUUAUUCAUCCGCUUCUCCAGGCAGUUAUUCGGGUCCCCCAGCAGGAGGUGGCCCUCCAGGAACACCCAUCAUGCCAAGUCCGGCAGAUUCAAACAACUCAAGUGACAACAUUUACAGCAUGAUCAGCUCAGCCCCUCCAAAUGGAAACAGGCCAAAUUUUCCAUUAGGUUCAGGUUCUGAUGGCCCAAUAGGCAGCAUGGCAGGCAUGGAGCCUCAUCAUAUGAAUGGGUCAUUAGGAUCUGGCGACAUUGAAAGCCUCCCAAAGAGCUCCCCAGGAAACCUCAGCUUGAAUAAUCAGCCUGGCACACCAAGAGAUGAUGGAGAAAUGGGUGGCAACUUCCUCAACCCAUUUCAGAGUGAAAGUUAUUCUCCAAACAUGACAAUGAGUGUGUGAAAGGACAGCACAGGAGUUACGUUUUCACCGUGUUCAGCAAAAAAACCCAGGAUCUUCUCAAAACCGGCUCUUUGUUUAUUUACUCAUUUUGUCUUUGGUGAACUAUUGUGAAUUACAGUUACUUCAUCCUACACUAAAUCUGAAUAAACUUAAGCAAGCCAUGAAAGAAAGCUGAAGACACCUUGAAAAUUUUUCACAUUUUUUUUUUCUCCUGUUUGAAUUCACACAGGGCUCAAUCCAUUUUUUAAUUACUGAAUCUAUCCAGAUUCAAGUUUUUGUAUGUACCUUUUUUAUGUAAAUGUUUUUUUUUUUCUUCUUUUUUUUUUUUUUUUUUUUCUGUGGUUUACAGCACAGGUGAUGCCCAAAAAACUGCAGUUCCUUAAUAAAAUUUAAUUCAGACAAUUCAACGUUAUGAUUGAACAGCAGAAAUUUUUUGUUGUUGUUGAGUGAACUAAAUAUGACAUUUCAAGAUCUUCAUUAUAAUCAAAUUAAGUUAAACAAGGAUUUGAUCAGAUGACGAUAACUGACACAAUCAUCCUUUAUCAAACACAUUGUCUAGGCAAACUAAAGGUUUGCUCCAAAAUAAGACAAAUGUACAGUAUAUCCCUAAAUGUAAUGGACUGACCUGAUUUUUUUUUUUUUUUUUUUUUGACGGACCUCAAGAUUUCUUGUCUUGUCGAUUUGUUCUUGUUGAUACAGCUAUCUGUGAAGAAUUUGGAUAUGCUGAUAUAAAAAUCAUUUUCACCAUU